AUGCGUCUCUCUGAACUUCUUACUAUUGCUUUAGUCACUGGUGCCACUGCUUAUAAUCUGCCCAACAACCUGAAACAGAUCUACGACAAGCACAAGGGAAAAUGUUCCAAGGUACUGGCAAAAGGAUUCACGAAUGGUGAUGCUGGCCAAGGCAAGUCUUUCAACUACUGCGGCGACAUCCCGGGCGCCAUUUUCAUCUCCUCCUCCAAGGGGUACACCAAUAUGGACAUUGACUGCGAUGGGGCCAACAACUCGGCCGGCAAGUGCGCCAACGACCCGUCCGGCCAGGGCCAGACAGCCUUCAAGUCCGACGUGAAGAAGUUCGGCAUCUCCGAUCUGAACGCCAAUGUCCACCCCUAUGUGGUGUUUGGAAAUGAGGAACACUCUCCCAGCUUCUCGCCCCAGUCGCAUGGAAUGCAGCCUUUGAGUGUCAUGGCUGUCGUGUGCAAUGGCCAACUGCAUUACGGAAUCUGGGGUGACACCAACGGCGGCGUUUCUACCGGCGAAGCCUCCAUCUCUUUGGCUGACCUUUGCUUCCCCAACGAGCAUCUCGAUGGAGACCAUGGCCACGACCCCAAUGAUGUCCUCUUCAUUGGCUUUACUAGCAAGGACGCCGUGCCUGGAGCGACUGCCAAGUGGAAAGCAAAGAAUGCGAAAGAAUUCGAGGACAGUAUCAAGUCGAUUGGCGACAGGCUCGUUGCUGGUCUGAAAGCAUAG